AUGUCUCACGUUCCUACCCCAAAUGAGCGGGAAACGGGCGUCAAUAGACUGCCUCGGGAGAUCUGGAUCCUCGUACUUGAGCACCUCCGCAGACCUAUUCCAGCUCCUCUCUCUGCUCCGGAUCGCUCUCUACUCCGCCAGCCGUAUCUAGCGGCAUCCUCCACGCUCUUUCAGGAGAUAUGUAUCCCUUUACUCUGGCGGCAUGUCGUGACGGACGACUUUGCAUACUUCCUCUUUCGGUGCCGCCGUCAACCCUGGCGCAAUCGGUGCCGACUCAUCGAGAAGCUGUACAUCGAGUAUCAGUCCGAGGACAAGACGAUACCUUACCCCCUCCUUCUCGAACACGGCCUCAGUGGCUGGUCCACGGUCGGGCACACGUCGGACCGCGAGCAGGCGCGCAAAUUGAAUGACUGCGCCGCCCAGCUCGCAGGGAUCACGCACGAGCUAGAAAAGACGGUGGAACAGGAUACGCGGGUGAUCUUUCCGCGUCUUCGAGUCGUCGCCGUAUCCUCAAUUUACGGGCACUCCAAUCUAUGGGCGGAGUAUGAGGAGAAGGAUCGGGAUGCGGGGGGCGACCCGGAUCCCCACCUCAUCGACUGUCUCCAGCAUUGGGGGCGGUUUAUGGCGACUAGCGACAUCACCCACUGGUGUCUCCGGCAGACUCGGGGGCCGGUCAGCAUACUUCCAAUCUCCCGUCGCGCCCUCACCGGUCAAUAUCGGCCGCAAUUCAAUGUGCACUUUGGCUCCGAGCCAGAUCUGCUCGCUCUCCGGAUCGGACACUUCACCCGUUGGAUAUCGGACAUCCCGGUCACUUCAGAUUGGCACCCCAUCUAUGAGAACGUCAUGGCGUCUCUCGCUCGGCUGGUCGAGAUACGUACUGAGCGCUUCCUCGAGAGCAAAAAGGACACUAUCAAUAUCGAAGUGUGCCUGUCAACGGACAGUAUCGGUCGUCGCGGUCGACCGUACCGGCCUGAUCGGUCCAGCUUGGUACCUCGUUUGGAAGACGUAGCUGCUAGUACGCCGGGAGGGGAUGCCGCUCGUCUUACAGUGGCGACACAGCGGGCGAUUGCGGAGAAAAUCGGUACGACGUGCCAGACUACGCUCAGGCGGUACAGCCGGCUCAAGGACGAAAUACGGUUUCUCGCUUCGCACUUUGACGAGCCGCGGGAUCAAACCGAAACAAGCUUUGCGAGGACGAUUGACUCGCUGAAAUGGUCCUUUCUUCACUCCUCAUCCGCCUCUCUACCUUCUCCGCCACCAUUGUGGGAGAUCGUCGUCGCCCAGCUUCUGAGGCCGGCUCCUCCCGCACUGUCAUGCCCUCCGAGGCACGACUUGCGUCAACUUGAUCUAUGUGCUAUCGGAAGAGUCAAUCACAUGUUCAACGCGCUCGCAACCCCCUUGCUUUACCGCACCCCCAUCACCGAUAAUCUUCCCCUCUUUCUCGGCCACGUUCCGUCCUGGUCCUCGCAGAAAGUCGAGGCGAUGCGUCGCUGCAGCUCGCUCCGCAUCGAAUACCACGAGGAAGACGCUACAAUCCCUUACCACACUCUGCUCAACCACGGCAAAGCAUACUACUGGGAUCGGGUCGGUGCUACCAGUAAAAUAGGGGAGGCGCUCUUAUUGGCCAAGUGUCAUGUGGAGCUCUUGGCUCUGCGGACGGCGCUGUCGGACCUGGCGAGACUGGCCCGCAGGCGAACGCUUCGACUUUGGACCAGUCGCAGACGGGAUGAAUCUGCAUCAAAGCCACAAGCUGUCAAGAGUUCAGCAGAGGCAGCUGGUGGCACGGAUGGGGGAGCUGCUGCAAGAGGUGAUGCCAAACCUUGUGAGGCGUGCGGAUCGGGGGGCUCACCGUACGAUGACACGACGACCGGUGGAAGGCCGACAGCGUACGCUGAGGAUGCCGUUGAUACGUAUUUUACCACUUGCGACGUCCGAUCCCCCUACCCGGAUCUCGGCCCCAUCGUAGCGAGCUUCGAGCCUGAUCUUUGCGCAAUCGCCGGCGUUUCGAAGGCCUUCCAGCAGAUAUGCUCUCCUCUCCUCUACAAAGUCGUCGCCACAGACCGCAUGCACCAAUUCAUCGGCGGCAUCCAUAUGAAAUCCCCCUCGCACCGUAGAUCCCUUUCGCAAUGCCAAUCCCUCUACAUCGAAUUCGAAGACGCGCUUCCUAUCCUUUCAUACGAGGAGCUUCUGCAGCGCGGCGGGAGUUACUGCUGGAAGCGUCUCUGUCCGACGCCAGAGGAGGCGGAAUAUCUCAGCUCCUAUGCGCAGGAGGGGAGGGGCAAGGAGUUGUUUGAGACACUCAAUUGGCUGGGCGUCGUAGCAGGAGAGACGCCGCGCAAGCUGCUUCCGAACCUCACGACCGUCGCCAUCGGUGCCAUCUAUGGGCGGCAGCAAGGCCUAUGGGCGCGCGUUGACGCCCAAUAUCCCGGGGAGGAGAGGCUGCCACAGAUCCGGGAUGUCUGGCAUGCCAUCGUCAACGAGAGCAACAUCAAGCAUCUUUGCUUGAACGAUCCGGAAUCACCCCUCGGUCUCGCUACGCUCACUCGGUCGGUCAACAAGCUAGGCUUCAAAAUUCGCCCUACUUGUCACACCGUCCACUUUGACAAGGAUAUCAAAGUUCUGCCCACGGAGCUCGGUCGGACCUUCAGAUGGGUCGCAGACGGCGGUCCAUCGGCGGAAUGGGAACCUCUGUACGUGAUGGCGAAGCGGUCCCUGCAAGGCUAUCACGACGCGCGGAUUCGGGGCAAUUACCGCACCAAACUUGACGCGAUCAAGGUAGAGAUCUUUGGGUCUACACCUCGCAUGGGACCGGCCCAUCCUCGCGACCCCCUCCCUCUACGAGAUAUCGCGGCCGGCAUUCCUGGCGUCUCGGCCGCUGAGAUCUCCACUGAGACUCAGCGAGCGAUCGCCAGCGCCACUGGUGCACGAUGGACCAAGAUCAUGCGGGACGGUGGUCGGCCGGACGACACCGUCACAUGGCGAGCAUCGGUGGACACUCCGGCGUGCGAGGCGUGUGGACAUCGUCCUUUCAUCAGCGAGACGUAG